GGCAUUCUCCGUUCACGUCACAGGUGUUUGUUCAGGCCCUGAUUGUCUUACCAAUUUACACGGCGUCCGUCCACGUUUUUUGACUGCUGUCAAAAGGAAAACCCGUUCGAUUUGUCCAUACACCGGUCAACAUGAUUUCGCCAAUCUAUCCAUUGCAAAAAUCUUCUGACCAAAAAAACGACAUGGACAACAAGUAUCCUCAAUUUAGUGCUCACCUCGUACCAGGUAGAACGAUUGCCGCUGCAGCAGCUGCCAACCCAGACAGCUGCGAGUUUGGAUCGCCAAAAUACUUUGCCCUCUGCGGUUUGGGCGGUAUUGUGUCUUGCGGCUUGACGCACACGUUGGUAACGCCUUUAGAUUUGGUCAAAUGCCGUCUUCAAGUUGACGCAGCCAAGUACAAGAAUCUUAUUAAUGGAUUCAAAGUGACAAUGGCUGAAGAGGGUGCCAGAGGAUUAGCCAGAGGCUGGGCUCCUACUGCCAUCGGUUAUUCAAUUCAAGGCUUAGGGAAAUUUGGAUUGUACGAAUACUUCAAAAUCCUGUACGCCAAUGCCAUUGGCGAGGAAAACGCUUACUACUGGCGGACGUCGCUUUACUUGGCAGCUUCUGCAUCUGCCGAACUAUUUGCCGACAUUGGUCUUGUUCCAUUAGAGUCGAUUAAAGUGAAAAUCCAAACCACACCCGGUUUUGCAAGAACCAUGCGUGAAGCUGUUCCAAAAAUGGUUCAACAAGAGGGUGUGUCUGCGUUCUUUAAAAGUUUAGUGCCACUGUGGAUGAGACAAAUUCCAUACACCAUGAUGAAGUUUGCUUGUUUCGAACGAACUGUCGAGUUGAUUUAUAAGCACGUUGUUCCUAAACCAAGGGCCGAUUGUAGUAAAGGAGAGCAGUUGGUUGUUACAUUUGCUGCUGGGUACAUUGCCGGAGUCUUUUGUGCCGUUGUUUCUCACCCUGCUGAUACGCUCGUAUCAAAAUUAAACCAAGAAAAAGGCGCUUCUUCCGUUGAAGUAUUGAAGAAAAUCGGAUUUGGUGGAUUAUGGAAAGGUUUAGGGCCAAGAAUCAUUAUGAUUGGUACUCUGACUGCUCUCCAAUGGUUCAUAUACGACUUUGUUAAAGUCUCUUUGAACAUGCCUCGACCUCCGCCGCCAGCACCGCCUAAGGGAAAGAAAGAAUAGACCAAUUAUUUAAUUAUCAAUGGUACUCAUAAUUUAUAUUAUUAAGAAUAUAUUUUUUCAAUGUUAUUUGUAAUAAAGUUACUUACAUUUUUGGAAA